GUGAGAGAGCGAGCGAGAGAGGGGGACUGCUGCAGUAAAUGAAGGGUAUUUCAGGAGUGCAUGCCUGCCUGUGAUGAACGUUCCAUCUGUCACGGCUGAGUAAAUGUCUUACUGAUACCUGAAGAACAGAUGCUAUGGGUGCAUUUCAUGUGGUUUGGAAGAAUUUCUUAGAUAUCUUAUAGCUGAUGGACAACUAACACUACUGCCGCUUCAACUACUGUAAUGGAACAUCACCUUGCCAGUGUCAGAAUCCCAAUAAACUGAAUGUACAGACAUGUACCUACACCAGAAAAGAUCAUUAAAAUCUCAGCCUUUCUGCUAAUAAUAUAUAUUAGAGAAACCAUGGUCAGUAAAGAAGCCAGCAAAUGUCUUCUCACAAAUUCUGAAACGGAGGCUGAGGCAGCAGCUUCACUGGCUUUGGAGAUGAAGUACUCACUAGAUCCUAAUCGACAAAUUAGAAAAAGAAAUAAAGCCCUACAGGUAAGAUUUAAGGACAUCUGCGAGGCUCAGAAUGAACAGAGGGACUCGGCCCAACAAUCUGAUCGAAAAAGUACAAAGUCCAUCUCUUACAAAGCUGCUUAUCGGAAGUAUAUGACAGUACCUGCAAGGAGAUCAAUACCCAAUGUCACAAAAAGUACGGGGGUACAGACUUCACCCGAUCUUAAAAAACGCUAUCAAACGUUUCCUUUUGAAAGGAAAAAAGGACAUGCCAUUAAGAAUGCAUCCGCUGUGGAAGGCUUAAAAAAUCACGACAAUGGAUUUGUAAUCGACAUUAAGGGUAAUAGAGACAAAGAAAGCUCAGGGGAAGCUAUUCAGUGCAGUAGGAAGGUCAGCAAUCAAAAACAAGCAGCUUUGACUUCACAUACUAAUGAAUGUAUGAAUGCAAUAGAUCAGCAUUCCUCUGGCAGCUGUUCUGAUGGAACUAAGUGCACCAAUUCUUCAUUGCAAAGAUUUACUAAAGAGGCCGAUUGUUUUCCAGAAUUGGCAGAAACUGGUUUAAAGGAGCCUGAACAUCAUCUCUGCCAUUCUCGAACCAGACACCACAAAAGGCCAUCACAAACCAACCAAGAUCAGACACGCCUUGCACAAUUAUGUUUGCUGAAUUCUGAAGAAGCCUUGGUUACACAUGUAAUUGAGACAGACUCCAAAGUUUCAGGGCCUAUUGCAUGGAAUGCUUUGACAGAAGUUGAAUGUUUGGACAGUCCAUCAACAAAUGAAAAGCGCAAAAAAGCAGUGCAACUCAAUGGACUGCAAUCGCAAACACUUAGCACUCAGGCCUGCUUGAUACAAAGUCAGUGCCAGUCAAGCCAAUGUAAUGAACAACCUCUUAAAACACAUGCUUCACCCACCAAGGACAAUCAGUCCUGUCAAAGAUCAAUGGCUCUGAGUGAGACAUGCCAGCAGAUUGUGCCAGUUACACAAGAUGGGGACCUAAAAGCACAGCUCCAGGUGAUGGAAAGCUUGAUCAGCUCCAGUCAGGAAACAAUUAAGGUGCUGCUAGGUGUAAUUCAAGAGCUGGAGAAGGGAGAAGCUCACAGAGAAGGCCUCUCCUAUCGAACUGGACAAGACACAGCUAACUGUGACACCUGCCGAAACAGCGCUUGCAUUAUUUACAGUGUUGAACUUGACUUUAAGCAACAGGAGGAUAAACUUCAACCGGUUUUGAAAAAGCUUUGUCCUAUUGAAGAAACUCAGGUUCCCUCUCUGCCUUAUUCCCAGGAAGGAUUUACUUCAACACCCAAGAAAAAAUCAAAAACUGAAUCAAAGAAACAUGCAAGGUGGAAACUUUGGUUUCUUUAAAAUGAAGAAAGUACAUUAAAACUAUCUGUAAUCUCACACCUUCAUUCAAAUGGGCACACGGCUGUCAAGUACAAUAAUCUAGGAGAUCAAGUAUUUAAUGGAUCUGGAUAUCCAACAAGGAGCCAUGAAAACAUCUUGCAAAAAGCAUACAACCUUGAAAACACUUGAUUUCUUUGUCAUGUUUACCAAAAAGCAUUUAAACUUAUAAAGAACUUACAAAUGCAAAGCGCUAAAUUAUAUUAUUCUAAGUGGCAAAACCACAAAUUGGGAAGUAUUAUAUCUCCCUAUAUCCCGUUAGCCAUUUGUUUAUGAAUUACUGAAUUCUGCAAAGCCAAAUGCUGUUAACUUAUAUGAAUGCCACAUUUUCUUUUUUGCAUAUGCUAUUAUAUUUCAAUCUUCCCUUAUACGUUUGUCAGGUUUAAGUCUUGAGCUUGCUUACAUUGCUUUAAUUCUUCCAAAAGAAAUCUGGAUUUUUAAGAAUGCUCCAACAAAAAUAAAAUCAAAGCAAAGCACAAUUUUUUUUUUUUAAUUUUGAUAACCUUCAAACCAAAUAAUAAAACAGACAUUAUUACAACCAUGUGGUUAUAGUAAAUUGUAAUAAGUCAAAGAUCCUUAUUGAUUGCCACAAGUAUCAUCAGAGACAUGACAUACUGUAUUUACAGCUCAUCAUCACAUGUGAAGCUGUCACUGAUCUCCCAAAGUAGAGACAUGCCUUUCACCAUUGCAAGCUGGCAGGGUCAAGCUGCAAGACAGAAAUUAUUCUAAAGGGCAAAUGCUUUGUUUCUCAGACAUUUUCUAACUUGGCAAUCUCCUGCUGUAUUAUAGUUAUACAAAAAUAAUUAUUUUUAUACAGAAAAUGUGUGUAUAUAAUACACAUAUAUAACCAACCAUCCACAUAAACAACUGUAUAUUAAGCAAUUAAGGUUAGAACUUUAUAACGCACAUUAAUUCACCACAAUAAUAAAUAAUCGUUCUUAUACUUUAAAAAUGAGGCAUUUUAUGAUUUUUGCUUAAUUGCAUAUCCAUCACUCACACACAAUGCAGCAUGAUAAUGAGACCAUUAGAACUGAUAAAUGCAAACAAAAAAAAUCUAUGACAAUAUAUGAGACAUAAAGUACAUAAAUAUAUAUUGAUUAAUACAAUCGUAAUGGAACAGUUUCUGCUCUUAGGGGUAAUUCAGUUUAAUCAAGUACAAGAUAGUAGACUUGAAAGUGUAUACAUUGAAGUAUAAAUAAAAUUUUAAAAAGAGCAUAGAAAAUAAUGUGGGCAGAUUUUAUUGAGGCCUUUUUAAAGGUUAGAAACAAGAACAAUGAAUUACUAUUCAUUAAAUAAAAAUCUGGAAUAUUCAACUGUACUUGGGUGUUACAAUAGAGUAGUAUACAUUUUUACUUUGAUCUUCAUCAUGAAUCCUGCAAUUAGCUUUGCAAAAACUGUUGGCGUAGCACAGUGUAUACUGAAUAGCAAAGUUUUGUAGCAAAAACAUUAAAAUAAUUCUACUCAGAAGCAGAAAUUACAUUUUAAACCAGAAAUGAGAAAAUUCAAAUUUAAAUUGUUUAAUGUAAAAGUGUUUAAAACUAUAUUAAAAAACAUAUUUAUAUUAAAAAACAUAUUUACAAUGUCAGAUCUUAUUUUCUCAAACACUCUGGUUUUAAAGUAAAAAUAUACUAGCACAUACAAACCGAAAAAGAACAGACCAAUGCACCCAGAAGAUUGUAAAUCAUAACUGAUAUGAUUUUUCCAUUGCAAAUGUAUAAAACAUUUAAUAAGCCACUAAAACACCAACAAAAACUCCUUAGGCAUAAAAUACUUUUUGCUCAAUACAAAGAAAACAUUCAGUUCCAAGCAUAUAUGAUACAAAUUAUUAUGUUGAUUAAUUAUGUUUAUUAUUAUUAAUUACCUUCUUAUGUCAGCUAAUUUAAAAGUUAACUAGUAAGUCUUGGUAAAAAAUAUAUUCUGACUAAUUUAACUAACAGAGGCUUUUAUAUUGUGAUUCACAUGUUAUUAAUUUACCAUUACUUACAACAGUACUUUGUACUGAAGAUGAUACAGUUAAAGUAAAAUAAUCAGAAUUCUGUUUCCUCGAGUUUCUUUGGAUCAAGACAGAAACACAUCAAAUAAAGAGACUAUGGGAACUUAAAACAAAUACUAUACCAAACAACCACAGAGUCAGCAAAAAAACUGAACAUUUACGUGUGGAUGGUUGCAUGCUUUGCCUCUUAGCUGUGAGGUGCCUCACAGAUAAGAAACAAAUAUUUUAUGAAUAAUCCUAUUUAAAAUAAAAAAGUUGGUACUUUUGUAAAAUUGAGGGUCUUGAGAUCUGAAGCAGGAAGAAAUUAACCUGCAUUAUAUUACUUCCUAUGGGAAAAUUAUGUUCAUUUUACAUUUGCAAAUGGUUUCUAAGAAAUCAAUUCAUUCGUAAUUUCAGGCAAAGCCUGUAUCUAAUUGUAUAACUAUAGAUAAAGAACACAAAUGGCUCAAUAUCAAUACAUUAAACCGUGCAAGUCCAAACAUGUUAUUUUUCAUAAUAUGGCUAAAUUGCAUUUUUGACUUUUGUUUAUCAGGUGAUGCAAUUAAUUUUUUAAAAGCAACAUGAUUACUGAAUUAUAUUAUUACAGCAUUAUGCAUUAAACAUUAUUAUUUUCAUUUAAAAAUAGUAACUGGAAUCGUUAAAUCUGCAGUACAUUAGAAAAUGUCUUCCCCCAUCAUUAUGCAGUCCAUUAAGAAUAAAGACCAGACUUUUCCUUUCCAGGUGAAUAUACCAUUACAUUUAAACAGACAUACAGUAUACAAAUAAAAUACCAAUACUUUUCAUCCCUUACAUUAAAGAAUUAAGUUAAUGAUCUGUUUUUGUUAAUACAUCAGAGGUAAAUUCUCAUUCCUGUAGUAUGUUAGCUUUCAUACAAUUAUCUAUGCCAAACAUUUCCUUGAUUGUCAAGUUUUCUGAAAAGUAUAACAACUUUAGUUAUUUUGUGAUCAUUAUUACUAAAGAAGAUCUUGAAUAAAAACCUUGCAACAUAACUGCUGCUCAGACUACUCUAUCUCCAAACUGUUACAAAAGAACACUUAACACUGAUUUUUAAUAAAAAUAUUUCAUGCUUUAAAAAGAAAAUCACUGUGCAUUUCAUUCAACUCAGUGAUGCAUCAGUUUAACUAUUUUGUAGCAUCAUUUCCUAAAAAGGCUAAAUUUGAAAUAAAUAUAUCAUAAAUUCACAGAACAUCUAUAGUUAGGUAUACAAAAAAAGAGGUUUCAAGAGGGUUGGGAAAUCAUUUUUAAUUUUUUAAUAAGUAAGUACCAGUUAUUAUCUUUCAGAAAAUAUUCAUUUUGUAUGAAUAUUACCUGGUAAUACUGGAUAUAAAGAUCAAAAGAUGUAUGUUCAGAAUAAAAAACAUUAUAUAUAAACUCCUAGACAGAUAACAACAAUACAAAUAUCCGUUGUUAUUAUGACAGCUUAAUUAAAAAAUACUAUUUCCUGGGUGCAUUUCGUUCAACACUAAUUGUUAUAUUUUUUAAUAAACAAAAAAAUAAACAUAACAGUUUCACUAUGAAAUAUGCUGAUAGAAAAUGUAUUGAACUAAAAAAAAAUAUUAAAUGCUCAGUAUAAUCAAAUGAAAUGGUCACUUAUUAUAUCAUAGCUUCAGUGAACUUUACAUGUCAAGGUACUCCAGUAGUUUUAGCCGAGGAAAAAAUUACUAAUUUUCAAAAUUAAACAUAUCUUGGUUAAAUACUGGCAGAAUCUUUAGGUUUUAUUAAUGAAGAAAAAGUAAGGAUGAUACAAACUAUCAGAAUGAACAACACAAAGACCAUAAGAAAUCUAUAAUAAAUGAAAUCAUGGGGACAUAUAAAAGGGAAAUGAAGAAGUUUAAAAUUGAUGCAUUUAAUGAAAAAUGAUUCAAUGGAAAUACAUUUUUAGAAAUUUACACGUAACUCCUCUUAUUUCUUAUUAGCAGUAGUUUGCACUGUAUUUCUUAUUGGUUCUAGUAAACCUUCCUGAUACUACAGUGAUCAGUGUUAUAUGUAAUAAACACUUAAAGUUAGACUGCUGCUUUCAACUAUCAUCCAGCUUGUUAAUUUAAGUGUUUUUCUUUUUUGUUUCAUCACAUUCCCUUUGCCUUUUCUGACUCAUCUUAUAAAAAGAAAAAUAAUGUUUGUUUAAAAGACUUGACCUUUGGAAUUAUUUUCCACAUGUAAACAUUUUUCUAUAUGUAAAUUAACAAAACACAAAUUUCAUUCUAAUCAGGGAACUAAUGAACAUAUGACAGCCUUAAUAUGUAUCAUUUUGAAUCCCUAUAUUACUUUUUGAGAAGAAAACUUUUUUCAGAUUAUCCCUUACCAGCUAAAUUAAGAUGAAAUGCAGAAGUCUAAAAUUGUAAUGAGUGCCAAAGGCCCACAACCUUCUUCAAUGUAACAAAUGUGUACUAUUUAUUUAACAAGGCUGCUGACUGUCUUCAAAUGAAUAAUUCUUUAGCACACCUCUGUAUCUUGUAGACAAAUUUGGUCUUAAUUAGUUCUGCUGUAGCAUAAUGAAACACAUAGACAUUUACCUGUACAAUGAGGAAAGUGCAAUUGAUUUAUUAUGUGCAAUAUUGUGUAUUUUAUACUGUUUUUAAUAAAAAAUAAA